AUCUUUUGAUUACCCGUGCUUAUCAGUUUUCAUUUGCUUAUCGUUUGCGAUUCAUCAAGUCUAUGUUGUUUUCGUAAAAUUCGUAAGCGUGCUCCAAAAAACUGGAAUCAUUGAAUAUAAAAAUGUCUACAAAAAAAGCACGUCCACGCCUCUCCAAGGGUAUACUGGAGAUGAAAUUUAUGCAGCGCACAAAAGCAAAAGUGGACAAGGAGAUUGAAGAUGCAGAAGGACGUGAAAUGUAUUCCCAGGAGAUCACCCAGAAAAUGCUGCAUGGUAAUUCGAAUUUUAUAAUAGAACCGAGUUUCAUGCAUUGCGAAAACCUUAUUGAAGGACGACUCAGUUUUCGUGGCAUGAAUCCGGAAAUUGAACGCCUUUUAGAGUUGGAACAAGCGGAGCGAGUUGCUAAUACACAACAUGAACAAAAGAAAGAGGUGUCUGACAAAGAAAUGGCAAAGUUUUUCCAAGCCCAACAGGUUACAAUGCAGAAGAAAUUUCAAACAAAAGCCCAGUUCAAAGCAAAGCGAAACAAUUUUGAGAAUACUUCAUGGCAAAGUAAAAAACCGAAAUUCCAAAAGCCUGAUAACGACAGUGAAUGAAUCCUCUUUGAACUAUAUUAAGUACUACAACUAAUUUUUACUUCUAUAUACAUAUAUUAUAUUGUCAUUUUUAUUUGUGAAAACAACAAAAAUAAUCAAAAUAUAGCAAACGAUUUGUAUGGAUAAUGUA